AUGUCCGGAGAGGAAAGCCAAUGGUGGCCCAGCCGGGUCUGGACCUUCCUUUACGGCUUCUUUCAAAAGUCACUGGACCCGAAUCUUCCGGUCCCUCCGCCAAAACUUGCUGCUCAACGCCCUGGCGAGCGUACAAUUCUCAGGCAUUUGCCAGAAAGGAAGCAUCUCGCCCAAACUGCGCCAAGCUGCGUCGCGGACAUCCCGCUGCCGUCAUUCGACCCAGGCGUUUUUGACAACGAGUUGAUCAAGUUAAGGCUGUAUCCAAUCAUCGACUCUCAGGAUCCGUCAAUUGUUCGAGAGCCCGAGGGGAAUAUCAGGGAGGGUACCUUUGCUUCCCUGUUUGAUGUUCUUGGCGUUGAAGCAACCUUACCGCGUUUCCGCACCCUCGAAGAGCAAAGGAAUCUCUACAAGUUCUCGGAAUAUCCAACAAAUGCCGACGGGAGUCCGGCGCAGUAUCCACCUCACCUCGAGCAUAUACCUAGUGAUCGAUCUGUCAGUGUGUUCAAGAUCUUCGACGUUGCGGGUCUGCUAGAGACCCGAGUUCUCCUGAAGAAGAUCACACCCGACGAAGAUGGAAUUUUGGGGCGCACUCGAGAAUGGCUGCUCGAAAAGGAGCGUGCCGUGGCGUUCGGCGGUGAGCCGGAAAAGGGCGUUAGCAUUCAGGAUGUCGUGGACUACAACAAAUAUCACCGCAAGUUCGGGACCGAUAUCGAAGGUGGCGGCAACAUCGGCUUGCUGCAGGACUGGUUCAGCGACCGCCGGUUCGCAGACCAACAGUUCACAGGCACCAACCCAACCACAAUCACUCGUGCCACGCCGGCCUGGAUUGGCGAGUUUACAGCCGCCGCUAGAGCUGGAAAAUACGACAAGUGGGCGGCCGUCCUCGCCAAGUCGGAUCCAAAUUCCUUUUUUGUGCAAGACGGUAGUUAUUUCCGGAAGGCCGUCGGCGUGUCAGAUCCAACCACGGUGCUCCAUCAUAAGGAACCUUCCAGCGACGAAUGCUGGGCGGUAGGCGCCGUGAGCUUGUUCCAGCUACACGAGGACGGCAAGCUCCACCCCGUUGCAAUCUGUAUCGACUACCGGGAAUCCUUGGACAAGUCGGUUACCAUCUUCAACAAGCGAAUGUCGCCGCGAGACUCGACGAGCAGGGAGAAGGAAGACUGGCCAUGGCGAUACGCAAAAACAUGUGCCCAGGUCACAGACUGGAUGCGUCACGAAUUGGCCGUGCAUCUCACCCUCUCCCAUUUUGUCGAGGAAGCCAUUAUCGUAUCGACGAACCGCUCCCUCCCAAUGGACCACCCGGUGUACCGGCUGCUCUAUCCCCAUUGGUACAAGACGCUGUCGCUCAACGCUGCUGGUCGUUCCUCUCUGGUGCCCCAGAUUGUCGUCGACAUUGUGGGCCUCAGCCCAGACCAAUGUUACAGGUUUAUGAAUUACGCCUACGAUACCUACGACUUCGUUGGCAGCUACGUGCCCAAUGACCUCAGACGGCGCGGCUUCCCCAAUACGCAGCUUGGCCUGAGCCAUCCGCGGUAUAGGAACUACCCGUACGCUAAGAACGCCCUUUCUCUCUGGACAAGCAUCCGUGCCUACGUCAAGGCCAUGCUGCAUAUUCGCUUCCCCAACGACGGCUGUGUCGCCGCAGACGAGGACAUCCAGCGGUGGGUGAACGAGACGAAAACAGCCGCGCACAUGCCCACAUUUCCCGAGAUCAAGACCCUGGAUGCGCUGGUUGAUGCUGUGACCAUGUGUAUUUUCAUUGCCUCGCCUUUUCAUACGGCCAUCAAUUACCUACAGAACUUCUACCAGGCAUUCGUGAUCGCAAAGCCCCCCGCACUAUGUACCGCGCCGCCAACUACGCUCGAGGAGCUGCAGGAAUACAAGGAACAUGACCUCAUUGCCGCGCUGCCCAUCAAUAGACAACGGCAGUGGCUUCUUGCUGCUCAAGUGCCCUGGCUGCUCAGUUUCAAGGUCGAGCCGGACCGCAGUUUGCUAAACUAUGCCGCCAGCCAGUGGUAUGUACACAAGUACAAGAGGGGCGAAGACGAUGUGAGGAUCAAAAAGGCGAGCGAGAGGCUAUACAGUGAUCUGCAGCGGAUGCAGAGGACGUUUUUCCGGAACAGUCUGGCCAUGGACAGAGGGAGCAUUCCGUAUAUGGUGCUGGAUCCGGGCUUGACGGCGGUUUCGAUUCUGAUCUAG